CGCUGGGUUUCUGUUUCACUCCCUUUUAUUUCUGGGCAUAUUGUGUUCGAUAAAACCCUUUGCUUGUAACACUGCUGGCAGCUCUCCCAGACGCUCCCUCCUGCGUUCCUUCCUUCCCUCCUCCCUCCCCUCUGUGAUCCUGUCUCACCCUGCCCCCCUUCCUCCCUACCUUGUCCCCUCAAACUUCAGGGGAGGGCUGGGUGGGCCAGCACCUCCCCGGUGUUUCUGACUUCUCCCUUCCUGCUCAGCACGGCCAGGUGUGCUGAGGUCGCUCCUCAGGACCACCCGAGGGGGACAGCCUGGGGUGGAGGGGGACAGCUGGACCGGACCUGGCGGCCAGGGCCACUCUGAGGGCCCCUCCCGCUACCAGAGGCCUGGUGGCCGGAGGCCUGGGCUGCCAGGCGAGGUUGGGCUCCAGGUGGAGCCAGGAUGCCAGACUGGUUCUGCUGGUUUAGUGGCCAGCUCUGGGAGGGGUGUGCACAGGGGCGGGCUUCAGCGCACAAUUAUUUCUCAUCUUGACUCCUGCUACCCGCCAGCCCACCAGUUUGGGUAAAGAUGGGUCUGAGUCACUGGUGAGGGGGAGGGCAGGAGCUAAACAAGGGCUGGCCGCCCCACAGAAGGCCUGCCACCACCGUGGGACAGGGAGGCAGCCGCCAGGCAGCAGGUCUUGGACCUCAGCUCAGACAUCGCCUCUGGGAAGUCGGCCCUGACUUUCUCAGCCUGGGUAUUCCUGCUCUCUGCAUUCCCAAGCUGGACGGUGACUGUCUGUGCCUUCUCAGUGGGACGCGGACCCAUGUGGGGCCCCAGGACACAGCUACCCCGCUGAGAGCACGAGGACCCAGCCUUGGAGACGGUGACCUCUCGUCAGUGGCCCUCGGCCCCCCACCUCCAGCUGGGGUGGGGGCCACCCACCUGCGGGUCCCCAGCCAUGACCACCUCUGCACUGCGGCGCCAGGUGAAGAACAUCGUGCACAACUACUCUGAGGCAGAGAUUAAGGUGCGCGAAGCCACCAGCAAUGACCCGUGGGGCCCCCCCAGCUCGCUCAUGUCGGAGAUCGCCGACCUGACCUUCAACACCGUGGCCUUCGCCGAGGUCAUGGGCAUGCUGUGGCGGCGGCUCAACGACAGCGGCAAGAACUGGAGGCACGUGUACAAGGCGCUGACGCUGCUGGACUACCUGCUCAAGACCGGCUCCGAGCGCGUGGCCCACCAGUGCCGCGAAAACCUCUACACCAUCCAGACGCUCAAGGACUUCCAGUACAUCGACCGGGACGGCAAGGACCAGGGCGUCAACGUGCGCGAGAAGGUCAAGCAGGUGAUGACCCUGCUCAAGGACGACGAGCGGCUCCGGCAGGAGCGGGCCCACGCGCUCAAGACCAAGGAGCGCAUGGCGCUGGAGGGCAUGGCCAUUGGCAGCGGGCAGCUGGGCUUCAGCCGUCGCCACGGUGACGACUACAGCCGCUCUCGGGGCUCCCCGUCCUCCUUCAACUCAUCCUCCUCAUCCCCACGCUACACGUCGGACCUGGAGCAGGCCCGGCCCCAGACCUCAGGAGAGGAGGAGCUGCAGCUGCAGCUGGCCUUGGCCAUGAGCCGGGAGGAGGCUGAGAAGGAGGUGCGGUCUUGGCAGGGAGAUGACUCCCCCGUGGCCAACGGUGCUGGGGCCGCAGUCCGCCGGCGGCGGCAGGACAGAGAGGCCGAGAGAGAAGAGGCUGAGGAGGAGAAGCUGAAAACCAGCCAGUCCUCCAUCCUGGACUUGGCUGACAUCUUCACACCUGCCCAGGCCCCGCCCUCCACACACUGCUCCGCUGACCCGUGGGACAUCCCAGGUCUCAAGCAGAACACAGAGCCCAGCGGUUCCUCCUGGGGGCCUUCUGCAGAUCCCUGGUCUCCUGCUCCCUCGGGGAGUGCCCUGUCUCGAAGUCAGCCCUGGGAUUUGCCUCCUACACUCUCCUCCUCUGAACCCUGGGGCCGGACCCCAGUGUUGCCUGCUGGACCCUCUGUCACAGAUCCCUGGGCACAGAACUCCCCCCACCAUCAGCUCAUUGUUGGGGCUGACCCUUGGGGGGCCUCCAUGGAGACCUCUAACACACCUGCCCUAGGUGGUACCUUUGACCCAUUUGCCAAACCUCCAGUAUCCACGGAAAACAAGGAGGGGCUGGGGUGUGUGCAGACUGUGCCCUCUGAGAAGCCCAGCAGCCCCGUGGAGCUGGACCUGUUUGGAGACCCCAUCCCCAGUUCCAAACAGAAUGGCACCAAGGAACCAGAUACUUUCGACCUGGGUGUAAUGGGGGAAGUGUUAACCCAGCCCAGCAAGGAGGCCAGAGCUUGCCCGACCCCUGAGUCCUUCCUGGGCCCCUCAGCCUCUUCUUUGGUCAACCUUGAUUCAUUGGUCAAGGCACCCCAGGCGGCAAAGACCCGGAACCCCUUCCUAACAGGCCUAAGCGCUCCGUCUCCCACCAACCCGUUCGGGUUCGGCGGCGCCGAGCAGGGCAGGCCGACCCUCAACCAGAUGCGCACCGGGUCGCCAGCGCUGGGCAUGGCGGCCAGCGGGCCGGUGGGUGCGCCCCUGGGCUCCAUGACCUACAGCGCCUCCCUGCCCCUCCCGCUCAGCAGCGUGCCGGUCGGCGUGACCCUCCCCGCCUCGGUCAGCGUCUUCCCGCAGGCAGACCCGGUCCUCCCAUCGGGGGUUGGUCUGCCUGCAACCCCGCUCUCGCCCACCAGGCGGCGCUCGGAGACCAACCACGAGGCCGGGAGUCCGGACGCCGCUAGGCUCUGGGCUCGGCUGGGUGGGCGCCUGGCCCUCCUCCCCGCCUCCUCCCGCCGCUGCCCUGGGGAUUCCUUUCUGACGGCCCAGGUCUGGGCCUACCGCCUGCAGCAGCCAUGCUGGCAUGGCGGCCUCCCAGGUACUGACGCUGAGUUCCGCUAUGGCAACACCCUGCACCUGUGGGGUCCCAGGGUCCCGGUGCCAGAUCAGCCACCACUCCUGGCUGUCCACCAUGCCCAGUCGGCUCUGUCCAGCCUCCCUUCCUGCAGCAGCGCCAGCUCCCCAGGCCCUCUGUUCCCACACUGA